AUGUCCACCAGAGAGAGUGCGUGCCGGAAGUUCCAGGCGAACAUCUUCAACAAGAGCAAAUGCCAGAACUGCUUCAAGCCGCGAGAGGUCCAUCUGCUCAGCGAUGAAGACUUGAACCAGAAAUGGCAGCGGCGGUUCUUUAUCCUGUAUGAACAUGGACUCCUGCGCUAUGCUCUGGAUGAGAUGCCCAGCACUCUGGCUCAGGGCACCAUCAACAUGAACCAGUGCAGUGAUGUGAUAGAUGGAGAGAGCCGCACUGGCCAGAAGUACUCGCUGUGUAUCCUCACCCCCGACAAGGAGAGCUACAUCCGCGCCGAGAGCAAAGACAUCAUCAAUGGAUGGCAAGAGGCCCUCAUCGUGUAUCCUCGCACCAACAAACAGAACCAGAAGAAGAAACGGAAAGUUGAGCCACCUACUCCCCAGGAGCCAGGCCCAGCUAAGGUGGCCGUGACCAGCAGCAGUAGUGUGGGGGGCCUGGGCAGUGUCCCCUGUCUGCCCAGCAGUAUAGCAAGAGGUCGAAAGGUGGUGUCCCAGCAGAGCUCUUCUGGCAGGAGGGAGCCGAUGGAGCUGACAGACGCCACUGCCAUCCCUUUCUCCAACACGGCAUCGCUGGGCUCUGGUGGCCGUAAGGUACGAGUAGAGAGCGGCUACUUCUCCCUGGAGAAGCCCAAGCCAGAGCUGACCCCUGAGCCGGCCAGCACUCCUCCGCUGCAGUCCCUGCUCCUCACCUCCAGCUCGCUGGACUCCGAGCCCAGCUGGGAUGGGCCCAGCUCGGGGAGCGUGGCGGGGGCAGGCGGGGUCAGCGGCGGCGGCUGCCUCCGGCCAGACAAGAAGCACCAGGAGCUGCGCGCCAGGACACGUAGUCCCGGCCGAGAGGAGGUGGCCCGACUGUUCGGCAACGAGCGCAGGCGUUCGCAGGUGAUUGAGCGCUUUGAGGCGCAGGAGCUGCAGGCCGUGGAGCACAUGGAGACGGCCAGCUCCUCGGCCGACCCCGCCCACUCGCCCGCCUGCCCUGCGCCCACCAAUCAGAGACAGGGACGCAGCGACCGGCGCCAUUUGUCUCAGAAGCAGGAUAUGUCAUUAGAUGCUGCUAGAGAACGGCCCAUGCCUGAUGUGUCCAACUCUAUCGCCAAUCUUCGGAGGGCCAAGAGUCUUGACCGCAGAGUCACCGAGUCCUCCAUGACGCCGGAUCUGUUGAACUUUAAAAAAGGAUGGAUGACCAAGCUGUACGAGGAUGGAUUGUGGAAGAAACACUGGUUCGUUCUGACCGACCAGAGUCUGAGGUUCUACAGGGACUCCAUCGCAGAAGAGGCGGCAGAUCUGGAUGGAGAGAUUGACCUGUCCUCUUGUCAUGACGUCACUGAGUAUUCCGUGCAGAGGAACUACGGCUUUCAGAUUCAUAGUAAAGAGGGUGUGGUGACACUCUCAGCUAUGACUUCUGGGAUACGACGGAACUGGAUCCAGGCCAUCAUGAAGAACGUGCGUCCCACUGUUGGCCCUGACGUCACCCGGAAAAACGUCUGUCUGAAGCUCUCUGUUCUGAAGCCCAGUAGUUCUCUGCCAGAGGAAAGACUGAAGGUUCGGUGGCUCUCUGACCUGACUCCUUGCCCACAUAUGCUCUGCCAAGAGGUCAGAGGUCAGGUGGCCCCUGACCCUGCCUCCCAGCCGAUCCGUCCCAGCAGUGGCCCAGAUGUGGGUCAGAGGUCAAAGCAGCCCUGCGAGGAGCAGCCCGGUGGCGCCCGAGCAGCGGACCGUCGCGGACCGGCGGAGGGCCGCUCCAAGACUUUUGAUUGGGCGGAGUUUCAGCAGACUCAGGAGAGGGACGUGACCAUUAAGCCAUCAGAAGGCGCAGAGGUGGAGCCUGCAAACGCCAGCUCCUCCUCGUCGUCGUCGUCUUCCUCGUCGUCCUCCUCUUCCUCGUCUUCAACACCGGCUUCCUCGCCCACGUCCUCCCCGCAGACCACCUCCUCUUCGCUCUCGGCUCUGCCCAACAGGAAGUCCGCCCUGGAGGCGCAGGAAGAGCAGGAGCGGCUCGUCCAGCAGGAGGGGAGACCCCGGGUCCCGCAGACCCCAGCGUCACCACCAGCAGCAGCAGCGCCGGCGCCGCUUAGGGCCCAGGAGGCAGAGCGCGAGGUCAACCAGAUGGAGGUGGACCAUGCCAGGUCCCAGAGAGACCCACCGCCCAAAACCCACAGCGUCCAGGUGGAGAUCGAGCAGCGCUGGCACCAGGUGGAGACGACGCCCCUCCGGGAGGAGAAGCAGGUGCCCAUCGCCAGUCCGUCCGGCCCUGGGACCACACCGCCCCCUAGUGGAGACCGGCUACCCCCACAGGAGCGGGUCACCCAGCUCGACAAAGAGCUGGGAUACACUCAGAAGGAGCUGGCCAGGCUUCAGGAGCAGAACAGCUUACUGAGGGAGCAGCUCCAGGACGCGCGGGGGAGAGAGCGGAGUGCACGAGAGGGCUACGUGCUACAGAAUGCCAUGCCCGCCCAGACCACCGGCUCCACCCCUCCUUCCUCUGGGCCUCACCGAUUGCCAUGGCAACGUCUGCACAAAGCCAAUAAGGACCUUCAGAGCGAGCUGGAGUCCCAGCGGCGAAAGCAUGAGAAGGCCAGUCAGCAGGUGCAGUGCUUGAGGCGGAGCUACAGCGAAGCCCAGGACGCACUCGGGCAUCACGAGGUGGAGGUGGAAGCCCUGCAGGUCAAGCUGUCGGCCGCCAUGGCGGAGAUCGUGGAGAGUGAGCAGGCGGUGGCGCGCAUGCGCAGCGAGCUGAAGCUGGAGCAGACGCGCUGCCAGGAGCGCGAGGAGGAGUGCGGCCGCAGUGAGGAGGCGCUGAGAGCGCAGCUCCGCGAGAGCGAGGAGCGCCUGCGGGAGGUGGAGGCUCACCUGCUGGAGAGGAGCCAGGCGCUCCGCAGGCUGGAGCAGCAGCAGGCCCUGCAGAAGGACCACCAGAGGGAGGUGCUGAGGCUGCAGGAGCGUCUCACCGAGGUCACUGGCCGCCUCAUCGCCACCGAGGAGGCGCAGGCCCUGAGGGAGCAGAGGGAGAGGAAGGAGAGGCGCUCGAUGGAGGAGAACCAAGAGCGGAGCGGCCAGGAGAGGAGAAGCGAGGCCGAGGAGCGGCUGCAGGAGGCCCAGCAGCAGGUGGAGGCCCUGCUGAGAGGAGGACGGGGCUAUGUGGGGGGCUCCGUGGAGGAGGUGCAGUGCCUGCACGAGCAGCUUUCCGUGCAGACAGAUGUGGCUGAAUCUCUGCGGGAGAGCGUCCGGAUGCUGGAGGAGGAGCGGGAUCGGUUAGCCUGCCGCUGCCAGGAGCUCCUGAACCAAAUCGCCGAGGCCGACCGAGAGGUGAGCAAGCUCCAAGACCGCCUUAAGAGCGAGGAGACGGACUACUGCACCCUGGAGAGCUCCUACGAGAAGGUGUCCCAGGAGUUCCAGCGCAUCAGCAGUGUCUUGAGGGAGAAGGAGGAGGAGGUGCGGCAGACCAAGGAGACCUACCAACACCUGGUGGAGCGGAAGGAGCGAGAGCUCAGCGAAGCGCUCGUCAAGAUGGCCGCCCUCGGGAGCAGCCUGGAGGAGACGGAGCUGCGCCUGCUGGAGAAGGAGGAGCAGCUCGGCCAGAGAGGGCGUUGCGCUGCCGGGGAGGUGGAGCCGUGUCCAGCAGAGAAGGAGCUGCAGGCUAAGCUGGUGGUGGCGGAGGAUCGCAUCGCCGAGCUGGAGAGACAUCUGGAUGCCCUCCGGCUCGGGUACGCUGACCUCAGGAGGGAACAGCGUCGGCACUCCCAGGAAGACCUUCUGGACAUGAUGGAGAGAGAGGGGCACGACGAAUCGAUGUCGGCAUCUUCCUCCUCCCUGACCCUGACCAGGUGCAGCUCGGAGACGGACGCCUCGCUGGUCAAGCGGCAGAGGAUCCGUUUCUCCAGUAUCCAGUGUCAGAGGUACGUUCACCCAGAUGGGGGCUCAGAGCAGGCCCUACAGACCAACACCUCCUCCGACUUCACCCACUCGGACACCUCGGACACAAUCGCCCAGUCAGAGAUGGACCAGUCGGACCUCAGCUUUGUUUCUACAGAUGGAUCAUUUCAAUAUGGCAGUGAUCCAGAGAAGUUCAUCUCCAUCAUCCAAGCUCUGGAGAUGAAGCUGCUCUCCACCGAGGAGAAGCUCCGGGAGCUCACCCAGAAGUUGCAGGACCAGCACGAUUCCCCAGAGCGGAAGGAUCAGCCUGAGGGAGCCGCGCUCAUCCCCUGGGACUCUCCAGAUCAACUCCCGGCCAGUCAUCAACACGAAGAGCCUGAUGGAAAGUCCGUCUCCAGCCCAGAUUCCGACUGUUGGGGCACUUCAGGAGUCCCCAACAGGGGAUAUGAACAGGCCCUGGUGUGUGUAGAGUCAUGCAGGGAGAGAGUCAGGGUCAUUCUUGGGCUUCAGCAGGAGCAGGAAUCUGUAGAAUUGCAACUCCGGAACCUAUCAGAGAUUGAGGGCGAGCUGGUCAAGGCCACUAACUUUAUGAAAAAGGUAGCCAUGGCUGGGGAAGGACCCCAGGCCGCUUCAGAGGUCAGGAGCAUGCACGACCUAUCUGAUGAGGCCAUAGUCAGGUGCUUUUCCCAGUCAUUAGCUUUAGAGGCAGCAGUUUUGGAGAAGAUGGCUUUCUCUCUGCAAAACUUGAACGCUGACCUCUUCCAUAGCCUUAAUGAGAUAAGUGUCGAAAUGGACAAGAUCAAACAAAGUGAACAGAGUUUUACGAUGUCGACAUAUGCCAACAUGUUGAGCCAGAAGCUGAUGUCCGAGUUGGCAUUUUGGGCAGAAGUGGAGAAAUUAGAGUCUCAGGCUUCAGGAAUUUCCCAGAAUCCAUGUCUAGAUAUGGGGUCCCUGAAGAGCUGCUAUUUGAAGCAGCCUCUCAUAAACAGUGCCUGUGUCAAGUUUGAGUUGGCCUACUCACUACAGAGUCUCAGAAGCUCCAGCCAUAAUCGACUUGAGGGGCUUCAGGAAGUGGCUACCCGAGCUGGCCACGAGCUCCGGCAGAGAGCCAAAGCCGUGCAGGAGCUGGUCAGGUCCUCAGGUCUGCAGUCGGCCAUCCAGACCCAAGAGCUGGGCAUCUGUGAGGAUUCCACUCUAGCGGACAUCACUCCACCUGAACUUGUCCCUUACUUCGAGCAAAUCAAGAUGGAAGAGGCCCAGGAAGUGGCAGAGGAGAUUGUCGACAGACACCUGGCCAUAGAGAUGACCUUGUCUGGCGAGGAUUCAGUCGAGUCGUCACAGGAGAGCAGGGAGAGGCUUGCAGCUGAGCUUCAGAAGCAGGCUGGCAUCAUUCGUCAUCUCUGCCAGGACGUGGAGGUACUCUGUGGCACAGACGUUGGUGGUAGGCUCCACGACCUUGCUGACACUAUCCGUGCCCGCUGGGGCUGUGGGUACAGAGAGGUGCCUGUGGGAGCGGUGUGCAUGCGGGAGGCUCUGCUCCAGGCUCAGGUGGCCUACACGGCCUGCAAGCUGCGCGGUGACCACCAGAGGGAGCUGGAGCUCUGCCGCCAGGCCGGGCGCAGCAUGGAAGUGCUCGUGCGGGAGCACGCCCUCAACAUGGCCACCAUCAACCAGCAGUACCACACCUCCCUGCAGGAGGAGCGCCGCACCUACACCCAGACCGUGGCCUCCCUGCAGGAGGAGAACCAGGCCCUGCGGGCGGAGGUGUCUCAGCGGCUCCAGGAGCUGCAGGCCCAGCAGGAGCAGCUGGUGCAGCUGGAGCAGGAGUUCCAGCGGGAGACCGAGGCGCUCCGGAGACAGCAGCAGGAGGAGCUGCUGCAGGAGGAGCAAGGCAGGGCCCAGAGGGAGAUGGCCCUGCUGGAGCGCACGGAGGAGAGCCAGAGGAGGCUGGAGUGCCUCCUGCAGGAGGUGGAGGGCCUGGAGGAGAGGCACGAGGAGCACAUGCGCAAAGCACACGACGAGUUCCAGGGCAGAAUCCAGCAGCUGGAGCAGCACCACCAGCAGGAGAUCCUGCGGCUCAAGGCCUGUUACCGACGGGCCAGCCUGGGGGAGGAGCAGCAGCACAGGGAGGAGCCUGUGUCUGAGGAGGCGUGUUCCAUGGAGGAAGGGGAGGGGCCUGAGGAGAAAGUGGGCCGAGACUCCAUGACUCUGCUGAGGGGGCGUGUCCUUGAGCUGGAGUCCAAGAUGGACUGCAUGAGGGACGAACUGGAGAGCAAACAGCUGGAGGGCGACGUGGCCGGCCUGAAGGACAAAUACCAGCGUGACUUUGACAGCCUGAAGGCCACGUGUGAGCGUGGCUUUGCCGCGAUGGAGGAGACUCACCAGAAGGUGAUUGAGGACCUGCAGCGACAGCACCAGCGGGAGGUCAGCAAGCUGCUGGAGGAGAGGGAGAGGCUGCUAGCCGAGGAGACGGCCGCCACCAUCUCAGCUAUUGAGGCGAUGAAGAACGCACACCGGGAGGAGCUGGAGAAGACCUACCGCUCUCAGCUGAGUGGUGUCAGUACAGAUAUCGAUGAGCUGCGCAUGCAGUAUGAAGAGGAGCUGCAGUCCAUCCACCGUGAGCUGGAGGUGCUGUCUGAGCAGUACUCUCAGAAGUGUUUGGAGAACGCCCAUCUGGCCCAGGCUCUACAGGCAGAGAGGCAGGCCCUGCAGCAGUGCCAGAGGGAGAACCAAGAGCUCCACACACACAAUCAGGAACUGAAUAACCGUCUAGCAGAAGAGAUCACACGAAUGAGGUCUUGCUUCAGUGGGGAAACUGCCACCUCUCCUCUCACACAGGGCAAGGACCUGUAUGAACUAGAGGUGUUGUUGCGCAUUAAGGAGUCAGAGAUUCAGUACCUCAAACAGGAGAUCAGCUCUCUGAAGGAUGAACUACAGACCGCUUUACGGGAUAAGAAGUAUGCAUCCGAUAAGUACAAGGGCAUCUAUACUGAGCUUAGCAUAGUGAAGGCUAAGGCUGACUGUGACAUUGGCAAGCUUCGGGAGAAGCUGUUGGCUGCUACAGAAGCCCUUGGAGAAAGGACUGCUGAUGGCUCAGCUGUUGCCCCUGGUUACGACAUAAUGAAGUCGAAGAGUAAUCCUGAUUUCCUGAAAAAUGAGCGCUUCCGUCAGAGAGGGGUCAGAUCCAAGAGCUUAAAAGAAGGAUUGACCGUGCAGGAAAGAAUGAAGCUGUUUGAAGCAAAAGAUUCCAGAAAGAUCUGACUGAGGACUGUACGCUCUGUGGCUUUGUCUCACACUCACAUGAACACACACGCGCGCACACACGCACGCUACCCAAUACUGUAACUGGAGUGUGAAGUCAGCCUCUGGAAUCUGGGACUGUCGUCUUUUAUGUGUCCAUGAGCAUCUGCUCGUCAACAAUUUGUCCUGGCAUUGGAGGUGUGUGUGUGGUCUAAAAUUAAUCUUACUUGUAUGUAUCAUUAACAGAUUGAUUUUAAGUAAUUAGCUUGUUUUAUGUGCGUGUGUGGCCAUGAGUAUAGGUGUGUUGGCAGGAAAUGGAAAUACGGGGCAUUGGUGGAGGAAUUUUAACCAGUCAUAUCCCUUUGGCCACUCCUUGCCAACUGUGUGUGUGUGUGUGUGUAUUGUUUUAUUUAUCCUAUACAAAAAUUAAUAAAGAUUUAAAAUGUUUAUUUAUACAUAGAGAGAGACUUAUAGAAAAUGUGCUGUCAUUAUAUCCUGUUCUGACAAUGAUGAUGAUGUGCUGGGUUUUAAAGUGAUUUAAGUGCUUUUGUGUAUGUGUGUUGGAGAGCUGUACUUUCUGCCAGUGGUGUUUGUGUAAAGAUGAGUGGUGUUUGUGUAAAGAUGAGUGGUGUUUGUGUAAAGAUGAGUGGUGUUUGUGUAAAGAUGAGUGGUGUUUGUGUAAAGAUGAGUGGUGUUUGUGUAAAGAUGAGUGGUGUUUGUGUAAAGAUGAGUGGUGUUUGUGUAAAGAUGAGUGGUGUUUGUGUAAAGAUGAGUGGUGUUUGUGUAAAGAUGAGUGGUGUGGUGAGUGACUGGGUUUGCUCUCUGCUCUACUGGAACUGAACGGAUUCAGACACCAUGGGAUUUACUUGCCAUUUGCUGUGUAAAAUCAUUAUUAUGAAAGUGUUUGAUAACUGUGCUUUUUUGUAUGGGCUCUUUGUGUGAAUGGUAGAGAUGAUGCUGGGUUGUCAUAUUAUCUUCAGUGGUGUUCCACCCCCCCAACCCCCCCCACCCCUUCCCCUUUUUUGCUGGCUUCAUGUCACACAGGCCUGUCCGGCUAGCUGUAAACAGUGCAACUAAACUUGAUGUGCCACGUCAGUCAGCGCGGCCCCCUGUAUUCAGUGUGAGCGAGAGCUAGGAUUUGCUGUAGUGCUUGUGCAGAGAAGUGCUCAUUGACCUGAGGUGGUAGCCCAAUACCCUCCCACUCUUCCUAACCAAGCUUAUCAAUGGCAUAAGGUGCGCUGGCAUUUUCACACAAGUUAUGUUUUGGUACAGUGUUGGCUCAGGGCGCUCAGUGUUGCUUUCAAUCUUUCAUUUGUAUCGAUUUCUUUAUGGGGGAGGAGGGUGCACAGCACUCCAUACCCCCACCUAUGCUGGCUCUAUCACGGCCUCCACGGUGAGGAUGCCCCUCAGAGUGGUCAGGAUGGGAGAGAAGGAGACUCUGUAAGGCAUUCACAUGAUCUCAUGGUUCACCACAGCUACCACACCGUACUGUACAGUGCUCUAUACUCUUGCCUUGUAAAAAACUGUCUCCCAGAAAGCAAGUUUGCUUUUGUUUUUUGUUUUAAGUCCUCUCCUUGCCUACCUGCUCUCUGUUUAUGAAUAUUUUUUAUUUUGGUUUUGAAUGUAAUGUCUUCAAUAAAUGAACUGUUUCUGA